AUGUCCGCUAGUGGUUUCGAGGGUAGGAGCGAGGACAGCUCCUUAAGAAAAAGAGCCAAGUCUGAAGAUGAGCUAAUUGUCGAAGAGGAAGAAGACGCACCCAAAGUGGUCACCAGCAAGAAAAGCCCAUUGGCCAAGCUAGAAAGCGUUGCGAUGCCAAUUCUAUUCACCGUUUUAGCGUUUUUCACAAGAAUGUACAGGAUCGGUGUCAACGACCACGUUGUAUGGGACGAAGCUCAUUUUGGUAAGUUUGGAUCAUACUAUUUGAGGCACGAGUUUUACCACGACGUACAUCCUCCUUUGGGAAAGAUGCUGGUGGGUUUGUCAGGAUUUCUAGCCGGAUACAAUGGCUCUUGGGACUUUCCCUCUGGUGAGGAGUACCCUGAGUAUCUGGACUACGUGAAAAUGAGAAUAUUCAACGCAACGUUUUCCGCAUUGUGUGUCCCUAUUGCCUACUUUACUGCGAAGGCAAUCGGGUUUUCAUUACCAACUGUAUGGCUCUUCACUGUCUUGGUUUUGUUUGAGAACUCAUAUGCCACUUUGGGCAGAUUUAUAUUGCUGGACUCUAUGUUAUUGUUUUUCACUGUCGCGUCUGUUUUUUCGUUUGUUAUGUUCCACAACCAAAGAACGCGUCCCUUCUCCAGAAAAUGGUGGAAAUGGUUACUACUCACAGGUAUUUCCCUAGGAUGUACCAUUUCAGUCAAAAUGGUAGGUCUUUUUGUCAUCACUUUAGUGGGAAUCUAUACUGUUAUCGACUUGUGGACCAUGCUGGGCGAUAAGAUGGUGUCGAACAAGACUUACAUCAGCCAUUGGUUGGCACGUAUUGUGUGCUUAAUUGUGAUCCCCUUUUUGGUAUUCCUAGGCUGUUUUAAGAUUCAUUUUGAUCUGCUAUCCCACAGUGGUACUGGCGAUGCCAAUAUGCCAUCGCUAUUUCAAGCAAGCUUAAUUGGUUCAGAUGUUGGUGAAGGCCCCCGUGAUAUUGCCGUUGGGUCUUCUGUGAUAAGUAUCAAGAAUCAAGCCUUGGGGGGAGCCCUUCUUCACUCUCACAUUCAGGCUUAUCCUGAAGGUUCUAAUCAGCAACAAGUUACUUGCUAUGGACAUAAGGAUAGUAAUAACCAUUGGAAAUUCGACCGUGCUAGACCCCUUCCAAUCUGGACUGAAAACGAGAAGGAUAUUGAAUUUGUUGAAGCUGGAGUUGAAUACAGAUUAUCACAUAUUAACACCGGCAAGAAUCUGCAUACUCACCCUAUUGCUGCACCUUUAACUAAACAAGAAUGGGAAGUAUCUGGCUAUGGUAAUGCUACCGUCGGAGAUCCUAAAGACCACUGGGUUAUUGAAGUUCUAGCUCAAUACGGUAGUGAGAAUACCUCAAGAUUGCAUCCUUUAACAACUUCAUUCCGAAUUAGAAAUGCCGAACUAGGAUGUUAUUUAGCGCAGAUGAAUAAUCACCUACCUGAGUGGGGUUUCAGACAAAGCGAAGUGGUUUGCAUGAAAAAUCCUUUCAAGAGAGACAAAAGAACAUGGUGGAACGUUGAAAGUCAUCAGAACGAUAUUUUACCGGAAAGGCCAGCUGAUUUCACUUAUCCUAAGACCAACUUCCUUAAGAACUUCAUUCAUUUGAACUUGGCAAUGAUGGCUACUAACAAUGCCCUGGUUCCAGAUCCCGACAAACUUGAUAUGUUAGCUUCCUCAGCAUGGCAAUGGCCCACACUAAACGUUGGUAUUAGAUUGUGCGGAUGGGGGGACGAUACCGUAAAAUACUUUCUGAUGGGCUCUCCUGCUUCUACUUGGUUUUCAACAAUAGCUGUUAUCGGGUUUAUGGCAUUUAUUGUAGUCUUAAUUUUAAGAUGGCAAAGACAAUACGUCGAUUUCGCGAACACCAAGGAUUUUAACUUGUUUUUAAUGGGCGGGUUUUAUCCUCUUUUGGGAUGGGGGUUACAUUACAUGCCAUUCGUAAUUAUGAGCAGGGUUACUUACGUUCACCAUUAUCUUCCAGCUCUUUACUUUGCGUUACUAAUCCUCGCGUAUCUAUUUGAGUUGACUAUGAGCAAGUGGACUAAGUCCAAGUGUGGCCGCAUCAUGAGAUUUGUCAUCUACGCAGGCUAUAUUGCAUUGGUGAUAUAUGGGUUCUACUAUUUCUCCCCAAUUUCUUUUGGUAUGGAAGGCCCUUCACAAAACUAUGCUUACUUAAACUGGUUCAAAACUUGGACAAUAGCUUGA